UCAGAACGUACAGAGUUCGACUGGUUUCGGAAGUUUUCAUUUCAGGCGAAACGUAGAUGUUCAUUCGUAAUAUUUCUAAUGAUUUGAGUGCUGUUUACCGGCUUUUUACUUUGUAGUCUUAAAAAUGCGAGUUUUAUAAUCAUUGUCACAAUUUUGUGUGAUUAUUUUUAGGCUUUUAUAAUAGUGUAAUCUUAUUACAAAAUAAUGCUAGAUUUGUAGGUUAGGUUUCAUAGUCACGAUGGCGGAUAAGGCUAUAAUGAAGCAAAUUGCUGAGCAAAAGCUCAAGGCGUUUUCCAUCGGCACAAUGGGGAAACGGCCUCUCAGUAAAAAAGAGUUGGAAGAUCAGCGUAAAAAAGAACAGGAACAGGCUGCGGCACAGGCUUUUGAAGAAUUUGUGGCAACUUUUCAAGAAACACCCACUAAACCGACUAACAAAGUCUGGGUUAAAGCUGGUACUUACGAUGCUGGUAAAAGACAGGAAGACACGAGAGAGAAGGGAAAACUUUAUAAGCCUCAAUCAAAGAUAUCAGAGUUGGUCGAUAAUAGAUCGUCGGCAGAACAAGCCCAAGAAUAUGCCAGACUUCUUGGUACAAGUGAACGAAAAAUGGACAGACUUGGUAAAAAGAAAAAAGAGGGUGAAAAGAAAAAGAGUAAUUUAGAAUUGUUCAAAGAGGAACUUAAAAUGAUUCAAGAAGAGCGAGAAGAGCGUCAUAAGUACAAAGGCGUUGUUAAAACAGUUAUAACAACAGCUGCCGAAGAUCCUAUGAUGGCAGCUCUAAAAUGCGUUGAAGAUCCACGAAAGGCUUGUCUGCGUUACUACAUUGACGAUCCUCGCCUCUUAGCCCUGAUGUAUGAGGAUGGUUCUUUUGACAACGGAGAUCCAAACACGACAAAUCUGUACCUUGGAAACUUGAAUCCUAAGAUUACAGAACAACAAUUAAUGGAGAUAUUUGGAAAGUUUGGUCCAUUAGCUAGUAUAAAAAUCAUGUGGCCUCGCAGUGACGAAGAGAAGGCUAGGCAAAGAAAUUGUGGAUUUGUUGCAUUCAUGAGUCGCAAAGAUGGAGAACGUGCCCUGAAGAAUCUUAACGGUCGAGAUAUAAUGCAGUACGAAAUGAAAUUAGGCUGGGGUAAAAGUGUACCCAUACCGCCGUAUCCUAUAUACAUUCCGCCAGCUUUAAUGGAAAUAACACAGCCACCGCCACCAUCUGGACUUCCAUUUAAUGCUCAGCCGCAUCGUCGCGACAAACACAAGAUACCACGUAUUCGCAACCACCAGACCUUGGAGCCGCAGGAGAAGGAAAACUUUGAAAAGAUUUUGCAGAAUGCAGUUGUCAAAGUGGUUAUUCCGACGGAAAGGAACUUAGUCAUGUUGAUACAUAGAAUGGUGGAAUUUGUCAUUCGAGAAGGACCUAUGUUUGAAGCAAUGAUCAUGAAUCGAGAAAUCAACAAUCCUAUGUUUCGGUUUUUAUUUGAGAAUUAUUCGCCAGCACACACGUAUUAUCGUUGGAAGCUUUAUUCUAUACUGCAAGGAGAUGGACAGAAAGAGUGGCAAAUUGAAGAUUUUAGAAUGUUUAAGGGAGGAAGUGUCUGGAGACCUCCUCCAGUAAAUCCAUGGACUCAGGGAAUGCCCGAAGAUUUGGUCGAAUUGGAGGAAAGACAAGAACCCAGAAGGGGCAGUUUAUCGAACAGCCAAAGAGAUCGAUUGGAAGACUUGUUGCGUAACAUAACGCCCGAGCGAAUAAAAGUCGCAGAGGCGAUGGUAUUCUGCAUCGAGCAUGCUGAAGCAGCUGAAGAAAUCUGUGACUGCAUUACAGAGUCCCUUUCGAUUUUGCAAACGCCAGCAAAUAAAAAGAUUGCCAGACUUUACCUCAUUUCUGAUAUUUUGCAUAAUUGUGGCGUUAAAGUCACGAAUGCUACAAUCUACCGAAAAACGUUUGAAUCACGUUUGCAUGAAAUAUUUGUCGAAGUUCAGCAAGCUUACAAACAGUUCGACAGUAGGCUGAAAGCUGAAGGGUUUAAAGUGAGAGUGAUGCGAAUAUUUAGGGCCUGGGAAGAUUGGGCUGUUUAUCCCAGGGACUUGCUAGUCAGACUGCAAAAUACUUUCCUUGGCAUUGCUACGCCGGAUGAACCUGAAGUGGAAAAUGACGAAGAUAUCGAUGGUGCACCGCUUUCGGAUACAGAUGCUGAAGCAGCAGAAGAUCUUGACGGUGUUCCUCUUGACGGCGCUGCUCUUCUAAAAGGAGCAAUAAAACUUGGGCUAACACCACAACCAGGAUCUCAUUACGAUGAUAUUGACGGAAUACCAAUGGAUGAAGAUAUCGACGGUAUUCCAAUGGAAGACGAUGACAGUGAAAAUAGAAUGAGGGAUGACGACAAGAAAGCCGCUAUGCCAGCAGGUUUUGUUCCUUCGAGAUGGGAAACUGUAGAUCCGGACCAGGUCGAGGCUCAAGCAAUGACGACAAGCAAAUGGGAGGAAUUGGAACAGAACGACGACUCCAAUUCCCAAGAUGCUAGUAUGGAUUCUAGUAGCCGAGAUAACAACGAUAUUAUUCAAUUAAAUUCCAGUAGCCGAGAUUACAAUGAAGAAAGGCGGAACAGACUUCGCGAAAUUGAAGUAAAAGCCAUGCAGUAUCAAGACGAAUUGGAGAGUGGAAAAAGAUCUAUAAAAAGUGGAAUGUCAAUUCAGGCGCAAGUUGAACAUUACAGGAAGAAAUUAAUAAGAAAGAGUGAGAGGGAAAUGAAAGACAUCAAAAAUGAUGAUCGAGAGGAUGAUAGGCGGAGAGAGAAAAAGCGAAGUGCCUCUCCAGAAUCGCCAGUCCAUUACAGAGAGAGAAGGAGAAAUUCGCCAAGUCCUCCCCCUAAAAGUAGCAGUCGAUACAGGUCGCGUAGUAGAUCACCAGUGCGUAGUAAACGCAGAUCCCGAUCGCCGCACAAGAAACGAAAUCCGAUCACUCCGUCGCCACCUCGAAUUCGCCGAUCACCUUCGCCUUCUUUUUCUUCUUCGAGAUCAUCGCGUAGAUCACCCGUGAGUGAACGCAGUGAUCGGAAAAGAAGAGUUCGAUCGCCUUCUAUGUCACCACCUCCUCCGCCAAGAACUUCCUCAAAACACAGAGCCAGCAGUCCACCGUCACCUUCGCCCCGGAAGCACAGACAUAAGCAUAAAUAUUAAGCUCAGGUUUUCCUGGCUAUUCUUCUAUCUAUACCUCAGUCAACUGGACAGAAAUUCAGUUACGAAUCAAGGUAAACUGAAACCUCAUCACAUGGUCUUCGAUUUUUUAUUUUAAAAUGAAUUAGGCUCCAGCACAGUUUACCCUAAUAUAAAUUAGUAUAAAUGAUUACUAUUAUUAAUAAGAACUUUCAGGAGCCUCAAGUUUUUCAAUUAGAGAUAAAUAUGACCAUAUUGUACAUUCUCCGUUUUACACUUAUUUAAUUUACAUCGCCGUUGGGUGCACUGUAUGCGUAUUUCUUAAUGCAUCCAGUGAUACUAUAAAUUUGUAUUAUAUUUGUAAAUUGCUUCGGUGAGAACACGUUCAUUGAUAAGUGCAUCAGUGAAUGUGAUUAGAAUUAAAAUAUUUCCACUUUCACUUCAUCGUCGCAAGUCCGAAACGUCUGUUGAUAUAAUGCUAAGUAAUAAAUUAGUUGAAAAAUAA